AUGCCCUCCACCAUCUCCGCAUCCAAGUUUGUGGGCACGACGAGUCUGGGUCUCUUCACCGGCGCCUCGUACGCGCUGGCCACAUUGUCCAUACCGUCGCUGCUCGCCCUCCCUUCAGCAAAGCCCGCCCACCAUGUUCUGGUCUCGCUGAAACAGUCGGCCUCCCUGCACUUGCGCUCGCUUGCCGUCAUCUCAGUCCUCUCCUUCAACCUUGCCUACGCUCUUUCGCCAGCCCGCGCUAGACACCCCUACCUGCUCUGGACUUCUCUCGUCGCCGGUCUCGCUGCUGCCUCGGACCUCAUUCCUGCCGAAUCACUUCCCUCUCUGCAUCAGGACGACGUCAAUGGCGAGACAGUCGAGAAGGCUGUCAAGUCCUCCCAGACCCGCGAGCAACUAAGAGCUACCAUCGGUUUCGCUGCCUUCGCCAUGGCUGUCAUUGGCAUAUGGGGCGACGGUGCUUGA